AUGUCGACCCCCUCCUCCGGCUCCUCCACCCCCAACCCGCGCUUCAAGCCCCAAGCCAAAACCGCCGAGGACAUCCUCUCCAACCAAACCGUCGGCCUCGUCAACCUCUCCGACUUCCGCAAGCGCCGAGCGGAGGCUAUCGAGCAGAAAGAGCGCGAUGCCCAGGAAUCGCUACUAGGCAGUAGUCGCGGCGGCUCUGGUGCUGCUACGCCCGUCGCGGGCUCGGGUGGCUCUACCCCCUCUGAACCUCCUAAGAAGAAACCGAAGCGCAAAGCUGGCACUCCGAAGCUGAGUUUUGGCGUCGACGAUGAAGAAGAAGGCGAUUUCAACAACUCAAAUAAACCAACCCCCAAAAACGGCGCAGAGUCGCGUUCACAAAGCGGAUCCCCCGCACCUUCAAGCGAUGCAGCACCAAAGCGCAAAUUUGCAGCCAACACUUCCAUCGGUGCCUUGCCCAAAGCGCUAACGAAGCGCUCGCUCCUCCAAGAGUCGCAGGCGCGCGAGGCGCUACGGAAAGAGUUCCUGGGGCUACAAGAACGUGUCAAGGCAGCGCCGAUCGCGAUACCCUUCGUCUUCUACGAUGGGAGUAAUGUCCCCGGCGGAGUGUGCAGAGUAGCAAAGGGCGAUUUCGUGUGGAAAUUCCUUGAUGGGAGUCGCAAGGUCGGGGCGGAGGUAGGAGCCGGGGUGGGUGGAGAGGCGGGGAAGGGAGAUGCGAAGGCGAGGAGGGAGUGGGCGAAGGUGGGGGUGGAUGAUUUGAUGAUGGUUAGGGGGGAGAUUAUUAUUCCACCGCAUUACGAUUUCUACUACUUCAUCAUCAACAAAACCCUCGGCCCCAACUCCCGCCUCCUCUUCGACUACAGCGCCGAAGCACCCCCCGACACCACCCCCUCCGCCGCGACACCCAGCGAUGAGAUCCCUGAGAACUAUAACCCCCUCUCGCGGCCCUCGAACAACAAAUCCACCACCACCACUGCUGCGAUACCCAUCGCGGACUUGGAUGGCGCGAAUGACGAUCCGACGUUUACGAAGGUGGUGGAUCGGAGGUGGUAUGAGAGGAAUAAACAUAUUUAUCCGGCGAGCGUGUGGCAGGAGUUUGAUCCGGAGAAGGAUUAUCAGGCGGAGGUUAAGAGGGAUGUGGGGGGGAAUGCGUUUUUCUUCUCGUAGGGCGGGGGAGAGGAUGCGGCGGGGGAAGGAGGUGAUUGAAUUGAGAAUGGUUCGGGGCGGGGAAAAGUAGAGAAUUAUAUAGGCUGG